GAGCAAUGACGCAUCCUGACAAGGACGAGCUGCCAUGUAAGAAAGAGAGAGAGAGAGAGAGAUCACUCUCUCCUCGCCUCCAUCAGCCAAUGGAUGGAUCUCUCGCGUGCGUUGUUCGUUACCUCGUCCAUUCACUGUGCUGCCUGCAGGCGGCCACGAGGUGAUUUUGUGGAGUUCCAUCUUCGAGGAUGCGUCGGCUCCCUUCCCCAGACCAGAUGUGUUCAGAUCGGCGCUCGAGAUCCGCACUCUCGCGUGCGGCGAAACCGUAGCGGCAUUCGUCACCAGUAAGGAGCUCUCCGACGGACGGCCGGGAACCCUCUGUUCUCAUUGUGUGUAAUGUCUGCAGGCGAUUAUCGUUUGUAUGCGAUGGAGUGGGGACCGGGGCAGCCGCAGAACCUAGGUAGGCUUCAAAGCGCAGAGAAGAAAGCGGAUGACUUAAGGGCGUGACUACAUUCGACUGUGUGUGCGUGUGUACAGAGGCGUGCAGCCCUCGGCUGAUAGAGAGUUUGAAGACCAAGAAGGUGCUGCAGGUGGCCUGCGGACACAAACACAUCGCAUGCGUCACAGGUACACACGCACAGCACACACACGGACACAUUGUUGUGUUGUGUUGUGGCUCUCUUUGUUCCACCAGACACGCACGCCCUCUACACGAUGGGGGACAACUCCUACAUGCAGCUGGGUGUGAGCCCGGAGACCUAUGGACAAGAGCAGCAGCGGCUGAAUGGCCGGCGGGAUGACACAUCACAGCUCAGGUCAGCAAGAGCGAGGAAGGUCGCCAACCCACAAGGGACUAGUUCUUGUGCGGGUUGUUUUCGUGUUCAGGAAUCUGCAUCAGGUGCGUCUGGGUGACAACGAGGCUGCCCAUCGAGUGGCGUGCGGCGACUACCACACGCUCGUCACCACACGUACUCAUACACAUUAGUACACAUGGGUUUCACGCUCCUUAUUCGAUGUUUUGUGCAUUCUUCCUCUCAGGUAGCGGUCAGCUGUACGCAAUGGGGGAUGGGCGCGACGGCAAACUCGGGACCGCCGACACACGUAACAAGAGGACGGACCGUGCACAGACAUACGUGUGCCGUGUGUGUGUGUGUGUGUCGUGUAGAGCCAUCGCUCCCAGUGAUGGUUGCGAUUCCUGGUGGCCGCGGGGUAGUCGGUGUAGCUGCUGGAGACCGACACAGCUGUGCUGUCACAGGUAUGCAGAAUGACAUACGUACGCGGAGGAAUUGAUGGGAUGAAUGAUCAGCUCGUGGGGAAUUGUAUGUGUGGGGUUCCAAUGCCCGAGGGCAGCUGGCCAUGGACCCCGCACAGUGCAGAUCCACACACAAACCAACACUGGUCAGAGGGACAUGCACUCACACCCACAUGCACUCAUGGACGUCACAGUCCCUCCUGUUUCCCUUCACUCCUCAGGUAUCGGAGCUGCAGGGGUAUCGCACAGCAAGGGUGUCUGCAGCAGAGGGCACCGCGGCGCUGACAGGUAUCUGCGGAACUUAGUUGACGACUCAUCGGCUCAUACACAGGAUUUCUACACAUGUUUGUGUUCAGAGGAUGGUUUGUUGUUCCUGUGGGGCUGCCACGGCUGGUCCACGCCGCAGCAAGUGGCAAAUGCGGCCAUCACACAGGUCACAACACACCCACACAGAUGCUGCCAUGACGACAUUUCCAUCUCCAUUAUCAUUACUGUCAUCAGGUAUCCGUGUCCAAGACGCUCGUGUGCGCCCUCACCACUGACGGCCGCGUGUGGAUCCGGCCCAUAUCGCACGAAAACCAGCCGACAGACGAAAUCUCCAUGGCGUGGGACAAGCAGCUCGUGCAGGUGGCCGCGGGCGGCAACCGCAUCAUGGCACUCGCCAUGUCACCCGCCGACCAGGACACAUCCAUCGGCCCCACACAGCUCAGCCAGACCCACCACAGCCAGCAACGGCAGGCGGCUGACACCAUGACCACCACCAGUGUGCUCGGCGGGCCGCCCCUCUCCCCACACAGACACAAGACCACGGUGACGGUGCGGACGUCGUCUGCGGCAUCGUCCACCUCGCCCCAGGCGCCCCUGCCCAUGAUGGCAUCCACUGCCCUGCCGACCCCCAGCAGUGCACAGCUGAUGAACGGGACUGCUCAUGCUGCAGCGGCAGGAGGAGCGGCAGCUGCGGAAGGAAACCCCCAGCAGCAGAGAGUGCUGGUGGGCAGAAUGGAAAAGAAGAUGCCUUUAUGUGCGUCAUUCUUUGAAUGUGGUUGUGUGCAGAUCCACAUUCGCCAGGAGGAGAGCGAGACCGAUCCCUCGGGGGGCGACCCACACUCCACUGGCACCUCCCCGCCACAGGCACACCACGACCUCUACCAGAGACUCAGAGAUGCCCUCGAAGCAAAGGCAACCAUACACACACAGGGGAGACAUCACGCAAAUGCACCUUACUGUUUUUCUUCUGUUUGUGCAGGAUCGUGCCGAGGAGAAGGCGUCCAAAUACCUUCGUGACUAUGAGACCAUCCGGGUGCGCGAAGCACAUGACGCAUGCCUCGGCAAUGUCAUGUGGCGCAUCUCUCUUGUCAGGAAGAGUUGCGCAACGAGUGCCAUCGGUGGGAGCAUGAGAGCCAGAGGUGAGCAUGUCGAUGGGAACCGGAGGGAUUUCAUUCCACGAUGGGAUGCUUCGUCUGUGUCUGUCAGGUUUGAGGAGAGUUUGACGUCUGCCAGUCGCACUAAUGACAACCUUAACCAACAGCUGCAGGAGGUACUCGCACACGUGCGCACCAUGGAUGCUGUCCAGCCUUUGUCUUGCUGUUGGAUGUGUGCAGCUAAGGGACGACCGUGACGACCUCAGACGCCAAAACGACGGCAAACAAAAGUGAGGAACACACACAUGGGCUGUUGUUGUUUUGUGUCUGUCUGUAUCUUUCUCUGCUGUAUGUCCAGGCAAAUCAGGGAACUCCAAUCGCAGGUGUGCAUUCGGCCAUUACACGUGAGCAACCAUGUACACAUAUCUUUCCUUUGUUCAGCUGAAGCGCGAUGACAGCGAUCGCAAGAACAUGGUAACUUAUGCAUUCAAUGCACGCAAUGUGUGCAAAGAACAUCCGCCUCCCUGCCGGUCACUGUUGCAGGACAUGUCUGUUCGCCGGCUGUCUCGCGAGGCAGAGGAACUGCGAGAGGCAAAGGUCACACCGCCCACACGGACAUGAAACCCGCCUAUGUGUGUGUCGUCGUUUCAUCCAUGUACGUCAGGCUGCGUGGGAGGCUGAGAGGGGCGUGCUGGUCAAGAGCCGCAGCAAGGCGCAAAUGGACGGGGACGAACUCAAACACAAAACACAAGGUGGGGGGAGAAAGCGAGUGGGGUGGGGAGGGCGCCGCUGCUGAUGCCAUGGUGGUGUCCCCCAUCUGCAGCGUUAGAGCAGGACCUCACUCGCCAGAAGCAGCUGGUCGAGCGGCAGCAAGCUGACCUCAAAGAGUGAGCAGACAGCAGAGAGGGACAACGCAUUACUGACAGUUUCUGUCUCUUCUUCUCGUCAGGGAGCGUUUGACGUGCCAGUCGUUGCGUGACAAGCUGACUGAAGUGGAGGGAGACCUCGUCAUGGCCAACCAGCAGCUGUCCGACCUCAGGAAGGGUAAGGCACUGCAUCAGACGCACACCUCACAGACUCACGUACGUGCGUGCACAUACUCGUCUUCUCCUGCAGGCUGUGCCGAGCUCGAGACGGCCGCACAGCAGGCCAGCACCACUGCCGAGGACCUAGACCACGAAAACAAGAGGUCGGCUGGCACAGCAUCGAUGCAAGUCUGCAUGGACAGAUGUGUCCCUCCCUCCCAUCGAUCAUGCAGGCUCCGCGACGCCCUGGACGACGCCAAGCGCGAGGCUGAUGAGGCCACAGAGCACCUGCAGCACACCAAGGCGGAAUGCGAAACGUACGCUGCUUGCAUGUGCGAUCAGAUGGACUGACCCUGCAGACUUCUUCUGUUUGUGUGCUGCGUCAGCCUCCGUCAGCAGCACGAUCGUGCGGCGCGGCAGCAGAACCGACUCCAGACAGACCUCGAAACGUAAGCACCAGUGGCCCGUUCACGGACAGCCAAUGCAUCCAUACAUACUGCUCUUUGCAGGGCUCAGUCCAGCGAGAAGGGCCUGGUAGAGGAAGCCAAACGAAUCAAGAGCAGCCUAGAAACGUACGCGCCAAGGCACACGCACAGAUUGAUGGAUACACAGGGCGGCUGGUGGAUGUGCGUGUUUGUAGCGAGAAGCAGCGAUGCUCCGAGCUCAUGCGGGAGAAGGAGACGUAAGCGUACCUACACAACGUACACACAUACGGCCAUGUCAUAUUCUUACCUGUCCCCUCUAUCCCCGCUCAGGCUGUUGGGUGAGGUAGACGCGGCGCGCACGGAAAUCCAGGCCAUGGAGCAGUCGCAGGAACGGUACACAGGCAGCCACUCACGCAUCAAUCAAAAGAGACACGACUUACCGAUCUCGUGUGUGUCUGGAUGGAUGGAUGGAUAUGUGUGUAUGCAGGCUUCAGAGUGAGUUGUCGGAGUUGCAGGCCAAGCAGGCCAGGGACCAGCAGGCACUGCAGGCGUCGUUCGUCAAACGCCUCAGCGAACUCGAAACACUCAAACAAAAGGAGGUGCGCACUAUGAUACAAAGCCGCCCCAGAUAAUCGUUAUGUCUGUAUGUAUCUCUGUAUACAUCAGGAGGGCGAGCAUGCGGCUGAGAAGCGUCGGCUAUCCGCUGCCAUCGAGAGCCUCGAACACGAGAGAGACCAAAUCAAAUCACAACAGAAACGGGUACGCAUCAACCAGGCGACAUGGCGAUGGCGAUCCGUAUUCGCCUGAUACAUGGAUGCACGUGUGCAGCUGGAGGAUCGCGUGGCCACCUACAAGGACGCCGCUGACCGGGCAGAGCAGAGCAUCGAACAACAGAGACGGAAAUCACUGCAGAUGCAAAACGAUGUAAGGCAGCAAUGUGUUGAGAUGGAAGUGUUCCACGGAUUGUCUGCUGCCUUUAAUUUCAGUUGGAGCGGGCGGUGGUUCAGAAGGACAACGAAAUACAGGCAGUCAAACGCGGCGUGAGCAAAGGGCGCGGAUACGCGUGCUCGCAAAGUAUCCUCGCGCCUGUGUGGUUGUGUCUCUCGUUCGUCAGUCACGUGUGCAUGAGCAGCAAGUGGCCGAACUGACCAAGACGCUGGCGGGUCAGCCAGCCGGCACAAUAGCACCUACUCACCCUGGCUCUAUGUAUCUGCACUCUGCCUCUCCCUCUUUAGAGCGCCACGCGACGAUCCAAUCCCUCCAAGACGACCUCGACAAACUGAAAGGAGAACACUCAAAGGUACACACCCAACAGAACGCGCACAAAUACCCAAAGACGCUCUCGCCUUUCUUCCUUCAGGUGUUGAUCGAGGCAGCCGAGGCUCGCCGCUACUCAGCAGAGAGGCGAAAGGUGCCGGCAUGGAACGGAAAAAAUGAACGACCCGCAUACAAUGAUAGCUAGCUGUGCCUUGGCUGCGCGGAUGCAGGUGACGGAUGUGCUGCAGCGCUACGGUCUGCUGGCAGCUGCCGAGGACACAUCCCUCGACACACGCAUCGAGGAGCUCGCUGACACACUGCAGCAGCUGGAGCGCGUCGUCCAUGAGAAGUGA